AUAGGGGUUAAGAAAUUUAGUAUAAUUGUUACGAAAAGAAAAAGGGCCUAUUACUUCGCCCUUCUAAUUAAUAAAAAGUUUAUUAUUAUUAUAAAAGCUAUUUUUACUAUUAAAAAUUACGUACUAGCUUUUCUAAUCCUUAGUAGCUCUGUUUAUAUAACUAAGUAG